UAACAUAUUUGUAACUUAAUUAAACUUUGUAUAUUGGUCUGCCUGUUGAAAAUAAGAUUGUACAAGACAACAAAUCAAGUCUGAGGUGCGAGCGAGGGGUUAUAUGUUUGAGUGAAGUUGAUUUUGUGACCGCGACGUGUGCCCGUGGCUCUGCCUAGUACCAGCUCUCUACACCCGGCGAAGACUCUCACCAUGGACCGCUCUGCUUCUCUGCAGGACUACAAGGCUGGCAUGCUGCUUAGUGGGGUGGGGGAUGCACUUGGCUACCGGAACCAGUUGUGGGAGUACAACCAAUCUGGGCCAGUUAUCCACAAGGAGCUAGAGGAGCUGGGAGGGCUCAAAAACAUCACUGUCCAACUCCCUGAUUGGCCGGUCAGCGAUGACACAGUCCUCCACCUGGCAACUGCUGAAGCACUAGCAACAGGAAAGGAAGGGGAGGAGCUACUGCAUGAAGUGGCCUUUCGUUAUGUAGAGGGAAUGAAGGACAUGGAGGGGAGGAAACCUGGACCAUCAAGCAUCUUGGGUGUGUCACAGCUGCGCCCAGGCACUGAGGGAGGUUACAGAGUGCCCUACAACCCUGAGGGCACAGGGUGUGGGGCUGCCAUGAGGUCUAUGUGCAUUGGAUUAAGGUAUCCUCGCCCUGAGCAGCUGUCCUCGUUGGUCGCUGUUGCCGUGGAGACAGGUAGAAUGACCCACCCCCAUCCAACCGGAUUUCUCGGUGCAGUUGCAGCAGCGCUAUUCACAGCCUAUGCCAUCCAGCGCAGGCCAAUGGAAAGUUGGGGUGUGGGACUGGUGAAAGAGGCCUGUCCAGUGGCGAAGAGCUUUGUGCAGUCUCAGGGAUAUGCAGUCACUGAGACAGAGAGAGACUGGGCGUACUUCAGCGAGAAGUGGGAAUGGUAUUUGGAGCAGAGGGGCCUGUCCAAUGGCAAAGGGCCAGUAAUCUGGCCCGAAAAAUACGGGCCAGAAGAAAGGGACGAGGCCUAUAAGAGCUUCAGCUUAUCUGGAUGGGCGGGCCGCAGUGGUCACGACGCGCCAAUGAUAGCCCUGGAUGCCUUGCUAGGAGCAGGGUCAAACUGGGAAAAGCUUAUGAGCCGAGCAGGAUUCCAUGGAGGUGACAGUGAUAGCACUGCAGUGAUUGCCUGCUGCUGUUGGGGUCUGCUCUAUGGACUAGAGGGAGUUCCAGAGUGUAACUAUAAGAAGCUGGAAUAUAGGGACAGGCUGGAGAAAAGUGCUGAGAAACUCUACGCCCUGUCACAUUAAGGCACUUGUUUAAGAAAAGUGCCAUCACAUAGCCACACUCACAACGAGUUCUUCUAGCAGUGUGGUGGCAUGCAAGGGUUUCCUCUUUUGUGAAUGUAGCACAAAUCCAUAUCAGUGCCCCAAAAUGGAAAAUGUUCUCACAUGUAAAGAAAGGUGGUAACCCCACUUACAUGAUUAAGAGAGUAAAAAGUGAUCCCCAGACUAAUACCAAUAGAAUAUGUUUACAGUGCAGUUCUACAACACCAUCAAAUUUCAGUCUCUCUUUAACAAUGUGUAGAUUGUAUGCUUGGAGAUUUGUCAAAUGAUGUGCAGCUACUAUUAUUGACCCAUCUAACAUUCUUGUGCGUUAGCCAAAUGGGGCAAACAAAUUCAGAAAAACCUUUAUUCACAUAUAGUGUUUUUUUUUAAACCUUGGCCCCCUAGAUAGUUUGAAGACCAUCAACUGUAAUGUGUUCUUAUAAUACUGCACUUCUUGUAAUAUUACUUAACUGAGCCAUUCACAUUUUCUGAUUCACUGAAUCUUAAACUUUGUUAAUAGGAUCAUUACUAAGUGCUUAAUUUGUUCAUGUUUGCACUGCAAAACUGCAAUGUAGCGUAAACUAUCAUUUGAAAAUGUGUUUUGACAAGAUCUGCUGAAAAAGAUCUUUUCUCAUAUUCAUAAAACAUCUAGGCCUCAGUGGGUGAUUUGUUCUGUAAAAUUGGUUUGUUUUGUAAAAGCUAAAUGAGAAAUUAAAAGCUGAAGCUAAAUGUGAAAUUAAAUUGUUACUAGAAGAUAAUAAAAUGAAAUGGAAUGACUAUACAGGAUAAAAUUCUUUAGCAUAGACCAGAGCCAAGUUAAGCUUGAUACUUUAUUUUUUUGUCAUUGAUGUUUUUAUUGUUUUUUGAACUUUCCAUCAUGUUUAUUGUUUCCCUAAAUGGGGA